AUGUUUUUAAUAGCGAAAAUUGUACGUGGUCGGAGAUUACUGCAAGAACUUCGGGAUGAAGAAAAAAAAGAAUUAAACGAAACGAGUAUCGUCGAAUAUUCCAAUAUGGCAUUCCGACGUAAUUCCCAGCAAAUGUGCUUUUGCGAUAAAUCUGCAAGACAUUUCGAUUAUGGCUCAAAACUAAAACGACUUCAGAAGCAGUCACUUCGCUUUACAUGGCACCGCUUGCAAACUAAAAAUGGUGGAAAAAGGCUUCAGCAUGUGUAUGAGCGACUUCUGGAGCAGGUGCCUGGAACACGUGAAAUGUUCACAACGAGAACAUUUUUGUCUGCAAUGUCUCACAAAAGAACGGCGACACCAAAGGAUCACGCUAAAACAACGAUGAAGUUAAUCGAUCAAAUGAUUAAAAAUAUGGAAGUAAGCGAAAAUGAUACAAAUCAUGGUUACAGUCCCUUUGAAAUCGGUGCGCAAAAAAUGUAUAUAGGUAAAUCACAUGGCAGACUUCGUCCAUACGGUCUCAAUGCAAAUCAUUUUGAGAAAUUUGGAGAGAUCGUUGUUGAUAUAAUAUUAGCACAAGAAGCUGUGAGGGAUUUGCCAGGUGCUGGUCAAGCGUGGGUCAUCUUCAUUGCAUGCUUCGUUGACGAGGUCAGUAUUUACGAUAUUCUCAAAGAUUAA